UACAAGCUGGAUUGGAAAUUCCCCAAGUUGGCAUAGCUAUUAGAAUCCGCAUAAGCUGGAGAGAACAGUAAUACCAAAAUAGUAAAGUGUUGUCAGGUGUUGUUUAUCAGUAUUGAUAAAAUCUUUAUCUUUAAUCUAGUGCAUGUUAGAGAAUGAAUAAUAUAUGUUGGUGUCUGCUUAUUUCAACGUACAAUAUCGCGUUGUCAGCACAAUAUAAAGAAUUAGGAGAUUUGCCAAAUUUUUAUAUUCCAACUGAUGCUCCAUUGGCUGGACGCAAUGAGAAUAUAUUAAACUGUCAAGAUAUCAGUGAAACUACUGUUAAUGGUAAACAUGUUUGUCGUGGUCAAAUAAUCUUGAAAGAUAAUUUUAAUUUUAUUAAUACUGAUAUUUGGAAGUAUGACGUUCGCAUCCCAACAGAACCAGAUUACGAAUUUGUUACUUAUGUAAAAUUAAAUCAGACUGCUUAUGUUAACGAUGGAAUUUUACAUUUAAAACCAACUCUAUUGAAGAACGUUGGAGAAAAUGGUAAAGGCAAUUUACAUCUGGAAGGAUGCACGGCAUCCAUACAUGGAGGAGAAUGCUCAAGAAACUCAAUGAGUUUUCAGGUUUUACCACCAGUAUUGGCUGCAAGGAUACGUACAAGGGAGUCCAUUUCGUUUCGCUAUGGGGAAGUCAAAAUCCGUGCUAAAAUGCCUAAAGGAGAUUGGAUAUAUCCAAUUAUCUGGCUCGAGCCAAAAGACAGUGAAUAUGGAUUGUGGUAUAUAUCUGGUCGAAUAAUAAUUGCCUUUUCGCGUGGCAAUGAGAAGCUUGGAAAUAAUCAGUCAUUAAAUUAUGGGCAAAUGGCUCUUUAUAGAGGGUGUAUGUAUUGGCCUGAUAAUUUAGGAAUUUUUACGCAACCAUUUAUACCUUACAUACAUAGAGGGACAGUUUGGUCGGAUGAUUUUCAUACAUAUAGCAUGAAAUGGACACCUGACGAAUUAACAUUCAAAGUAGAUGGCAAAGGAAAAAGUUCGUGUCGACCACCCAAUAAAGUACUUUAUGGUCGUGAAACCAUAUGGAGUAAGGGUGGCAACAUAGCUCCGUUCGACAAAGAAGAUUUUAUUUGUUACAGGAAAACCACGAUGAUAACAUGGGUUCUGACAGUUUACUGUCUACUCGGUACAGCACUAUGUAAAAUCUGCGUGCGCGAGUCCGUGACCGUUGCCAGCGGUACCAGAGCCCCUCAAGGUCCAUAUUGCAGUGGUGACCUGAUCUUCGCGGAUGAAUUUGACGUCCUGGACUUUAAGACAUGGCAGCACGAAAUCACAGCAGCUGGUGGAGGAAAUUGGGAAUUCAAUUACUAUCAUAAUAAUCGUAGUAAUAGUUACACUGUUGAUGGUUCCUUGUGGAUACGGCCCACAUUGACCUCCGACACCUAUGGUGAGGCGUUCUUGACCUCGGGUACACUGAACUUAAAUAACGGUGCUCCAGCUGAUCAAUGUACAAAUGCAUUGUUCUAUGGUUGCGAAAGAACUGGUACUCCAAACAAUGUCAUAAAUCCAAUUCAAAGUGCAAGACUUCGCACUGUUAAUUCUUUCAGUUUUAAAUAUGGCACCGUUCAUGUUCGUGCCAAAAUGCCUACUGGAGAUUGGUUAUGGCCAGCUAUCUGGAUGCUGCCUCGUGACAAUGCUUACGGAACUUGGCCUGCAAGUGGAGAGAUCGAUAUUACAGAAAAUCGUGGUAACACUCAACUGUACGAAAAUGGCGUAAACAUUGGCGUAGAGCAGACAGGAGGUACACUUCAUUUUGGACCACAUGCCGAUCUUAACGGAUAUGAAAAUGCACACUAUCUCAAAAAUUCACCUUCCGGGCAAGGAUAUAAUCUAGAUUAUCACGUUUACAAAGUCAUUUGGACACCAGAUAGCAUCACGUUCCUGGUAGAUGAUGAAUUAAUAGGUACAGUUACCCCAAAUACCAAUUUCUGGGAUUUAGGACAGUUUGAAACUCGUGAACCAGGAACCGAGAACCCUUGGCGAUACGGUACCAAAAUGGCGCCCUUCGACCAAGAGUUUUACAUUAUUCUAAAUCUCGCUGUGGGUGGUACCAAUUUUUUUCCUGAUGGCGCUACUAAUCCCAAUGCCAAACCAUGGUUAAACAAGUCACCUACUGCCGCAACUGACUUCUGGAACGCAAGAUCUAAUUGGCUACCAACAUGGAACCUCAGUGACAACACAACAGCAAGUCUGGCUGUUGAUUAUGUUCGCGUUUGGGCUCUUUAAAUUCGAGGGGAAUCACUGGGAUUCGUCGAUUCCCAUUUUUGAAACUCGUAAUUAUAUUGCUGUUCUGAGUGUAUUAUUUAACUAAAAAAGAGUUACGGACGAGAUAAUGGGACUUAUUAAGAACGCUAGACGUACUCAAUUAUUGUUUUCUCGUAUUUAUUAAUUUCGCAGAAUAAACAAAAAUAUGUAUAAGCAAGUAGUUAAGACUACACUAUGGCAAUGUAAGACGAAUGUAAAAACACUCUCGAUGCCCGAUUAAAAUUAAUAGAAUGCAAGAGA